CUGCUGCUUCUGCCGCUGCUAACCCCAAUCCAGCUAAACGCUUCCUGCUCCGACCAGGCUGUCUACCCCACCUUUAUAAUCACUCUAAUCAAAAAUGUUGAGAAACCAUUGAUUAUCCUUACAUAUGAGACCGCUGGCCACCACAUCCACCAUGUUCAUCCCCUACAACCCCACCGAGAUGCAGCCCGGCAAAUCGCGUCGACCCGUCCACGCCCUGGUCGCCGCCCGCGCCGCCCAGCGCCGUCAACAGCACCAGUCCCCACUGUUCCAGCGUGGCUUGAGCACAUUCGUGGUAGAGCCCGAAGACCAGAAGUCUAAAGAUGAUCUAGACAAAGAUCGACGCCGCCGGACCGUGCAGCGCAAGCCCGGCCGAACACUGCCGAGCCCGAGCCCGAUCGGCACGGGGCGAUUCUACCCGCUGGCGACCCCGGCCUCCAAGGGGCCCUGCACCGCCCGCGCGCUUUCUUACUGUGCGUAGCCCUAUCCUUUCCCUUCCUUAUACUUCCUGUCUUACCCAAACCUCCCUACCCACAACCCACACUCCCCUACCUGUUCUGAACCAAGGAGGCGCGGGGGUGGAGGGGAAGC